UCCAUUAUCCUUACAAAUUCGUAGUAAAACAAUGAGUUACCCUGAUCUCCAGCACCAGUAUGGCUUGGAACCAAUUGCCAUCAUCACUUUUCAUGAUCAUUACCAUGAUCCUUUUCAAAGUAGGAAGAUCAUGCUUAGAGUUCUCAGUGAUGUCCCCCAAUACCAAAAUAAUCUCAGGACCUUCAAUAGCAAGGCAACUUAUCAAGAAGAAGAUGAUCCUGAUGCUCUCCAUAUAAAUCAUUCCAAGAAUCUAACUCCCAAGUUCCUAGAAAAGCUUGACGACCUUGAAGAAACCAGCUCGGACGAGGAAGCCGAUGGCCACAUUAAGAUUAAGCACAAGUACAGAGAACUUCGCAAGCUUAGAAGAAGCAUAGUUAGGCUCUUGAGUCAUGAACUUUCGAAGUGAAAUAGGCUUGUAAGUAUGUUGCGUGGUUGGUUGGCAGGAAAAACAUCCCUUAUAUAUGGGUGUUACUAGCUGACACUAAAUCACAUGCCAUGCCCCUCUCAAGUGUCA